AUCUCCAGGAGCCUCACAGACAGGAGGGGAAUGGCAUCUCCCAUGCUAGAGGAUAAAUACACAUUGUCCUAGGAUUCUGCUGUCUUAUCCUAAUAAAGUUUAAUAUUAAGGAAGAAGCUCGUUAUGUUUCCAGCCCUUUAGCAAUGCUCACUGCUGCCUGUAACAAGUUUGGGGGUUCCAGCCCUAUCAGGGAUUCAACAGCUUCAGCCAAAUCUGGAGUGAAGAAGCCAUACAGCCAAGUCAAUGACUUCACUGCCUCAAAACUAAUGGGGGAUGGAUAUUCUUCUACAUACUUAGGGGGAAGCAAUAUAAUGACGUCAUGUGGGACCCCCCCUGCAUCAUCAAACUACGGAGGAGAGUUUGGAUCUUUCGCUCAUUCCUUCCCUUCCUCUUCAGGAUGCCAAGAACCCAAGAGUCUCUCACAAGCAGAGUGUGUGCCUGGCGUGUACACUUCAUUAGAUAUGGGACAUCCAUAUGGCUCUUGGUACAAAACAGGCAUUCAUCAUCCUUCUCUGUCUAGUUCACCCCCAGGCAGUGGUGGUUCAUGGUGGGACAUGCAUCCAAAUACAAACUGGCUUGGAAACCAGUCACAGACGGAUGGGCUGGCAGCUUCCAUGCCACCUGUAACAAGUCCAGUAGGCAUGAGCACCCAAUAUAGUGCAGAAUACACCACUCUUACCCCUGCCACAUACCCCUCUGUGGGAUUUCCCUCCAUCUCUCCUUCAUCAAGCCCAUCCCCAUCUUCACACCUCCUGUCACCCUCCCAGCACACAUUGGCCCCAGAAAUGUACAAGCCAAAGCUUUUGGCUGCUAACCCCUUGCUAGAAAGCCCAGGGUCUUUAAAGGCCCAAAGGGGAACAUCAUAUGGGAACUCUGGCCGUCCGACAUGUGACUGUCCAAACUGCCAGGAGCUGGAGAGACUAGGAGCUUCUGCUGCAGGUCUGAAGAGGAAGCCGGUGCACAGCUGUCACAUCCCUGGCUGUGGAAAAGUGUAUGGUAAAGCUUCACAUCUCAAAGCUCACCUACGCUGGCACACAGGAGAGCGUCCUUUUGUUUGCAACUGGCUUUUCUGUGGCAAACGCUUCACGCGUAGCGAUGAGCUUGAACGCCAUGUGCGCACCCACACACGUGAGAAAAAGUUCACUUGCCCACUCUGUGCAAAAAGGUUCACUCGCAGUGACCACUUAAGCAAACACCAGCGCAGCCAUGUUGAUCAGCCAGCAGCAAAAGAUGAUGGAGUUCAAGGAGAUGGAGGAGCAGUGGGCGAGAGCUGUGGCGAAAAAGGCAUAGUAUUAUCCGAAAGCUCACCAGCCGGUGGUACCCAAGAAAGGGCAUCUGGUAGCCCUGGCCAAGGAGGCUUGUUAGAAAUAUGAUGCUGAAGAACUUCCAUAACAGGCCACAGGCUUAUUAGAGCUGUACGGCAUCUAUAAAACACCUUAGCAGCUGUGCUCUUGCUUUGUGAUGCAGGCCGCCUUUUUAAAGAUGGGAAAAGUGAAGGACAAACAUAGGCUAAAGACUGUGCCUAAACUCUUGGCUCUUGAGCCAGAAUGGAGGCAGUGUGUAAACUGUGUAUCAUGUUUAAAUAUUUGCAAAAUGUAUUCCCCCUGGUAGUGUGUGUUCUUUGCACAAGAGGAUGAGUUAUUUAUAGUGUUAACAUAGGGAAUCUAAUUUCAACACAUUCAGAAAUAUGAGCUAACUGGUCUACUACCCCCCUCCACUUCCAGGGUUUUACUGGACAGUGUAACCCAAUGGUUCAUGAAGCUGAAACAAGCCCCUCUAGCACUAGAGGUGCAUCCAGUACAAGUGAAAAUAGUGUUAUUGUGUGAUCUUUAUUCUUUAUGAUGAAAUAUGAGCAGAGGGGGGCUCUUGUGCUAUUACCUAAAAUGGGAAGUGGAAACUGGCUGCCAUGCCACUUAAUAGAAUACACACAAUUGAUCAAAACAACCCCUGUGCCAUUGUAGAACAAACAGUAUGGGGUUCUACUCCCUUGGGUAUUCUAUAUAAUUGGCACAAAUGCAUGGAAUGGUUUUAUGGUGAUGGAGGAACGAAGCUGAUCUAGGUUCAGUUUUCCUAUUCAUGUGUAAAAACUCAUUAAAAGGGAAAGUUAACCUUAAACUUAGCCUUUCAUUUGACUUAGACAUUUGUAUUCCAAGACAGUUUACAGUUUUCUUCAUUGUUGUUUCAUGUAAGUUUAUUUAUUGAUUUUUUUGUUUAUAAAAUUAAUCAACCAAAAUAUUUUAAGAAAUACAUGACUUGUAGCAUUUUCUCUGUAUAAAAAUGCCAGAUCUCAUAUGUGUCUCCUGUUGUUGACUAUAAUGGACAACUGCCAACAGAUUUCCAUUAUAGUCAAUUACAGGUUGCAGGGCUAGGUUCUGGCAUUUUUCUGCCAGUAAUACAAUGUUGUACGGUGCCCUUGCACUUGUGCCUCCCAUGGUCAUGAAUGGCCCCUUUUAUUUAUAUGUAUACAAGACAUUUUCUUUUUGGUGUCACUGAUCCUUUUAUGUAUUGUUCCCAGCUCAUCAGGGUGGAAUUUUAACAUUUUAGCAUUGUGUUUGAAGUCAGGCAAUGAUUUAAACACCUGAAAAGAAAAUUAUUCAUUCAAAUCAAAAUUCAGCUUUUGGUAUUUCUGUAUUAUAAUGUCAAAAUGCUAAACAAAACCCCACCCUGUCUAUUGCAUUCGGUGUUGGCAUGAUACAUAUUCAUGACCUGCCCCCAAAGGCCCAGCAAAACAAAACUAAAAGUAUUUUAUAUAGUAUUGUGUUCUGUAGUAAGGCUACACAGGGCAUUUUUACUUUAUAGUGUUACUUUCCCUUUAAAUGAAUGGAAAAUAAAUAGCAGUGGGACACCAUAGAUUAGUGUCUCUGACUCUAGCAAUGAACCAUGAGCAGUUUGCAUAUCCAUUUUUAUUUUUUAACUGAAGGCAUAAUAGAGAUCCUCUUUCAUUUAACUGCUCAUUUGGACAAAAGAGAGGGGGCAAUGUGCCUUUUGCUUGAACGUGUAAGUGCUUUAAGAUUUUGCAUUCCAUAGUGGUGCUAAACAAGCUCGUCCUCUCUGAUUCCAUUUGUGCGUGGGCCAAUGUGCAAACCACAGAGGGUCCCACUGAUGGUAAAUGGGUUAAUGCUGUGGAAAUGUUGAAGUGCACUUUCAUAAGCUGUAUUAUUAAUAUUGCACUCUGUACUGUAAGCUGUGGGGAAGCCAUACAUUACCAUGAUUAGUUACCUGUAAAAUUAGAUGUAUUUCCCACAGACAUUACUUUGUUUUUUAAGAGGUUUUUUUGCGUGUUUUAAAACAUAUAUGUAUUGCUAAAAACAUAAGGUUUUAUAAGGUUAAGUCACAAUGGUGUAACUAGAAGUUAGUAGGCCACACUGAAAAAUCAUGUUAGGGCCCCAUACUUUCCAGAAACUGGCUUUUGUCUAAUAUGUAUAAUGUAUAUAGAACUUCCACAUCAUUAAAUACUACAUUGGACAUUUACGCUCCUGAGUCCCCCCGGCAGCCACAGGUUCCUGUUUCUACAUUCCUGCAUCCCGUGAUGUUAAGGUGUAUUUUGUGAAAUGUAUGACCCCUCUAAUGUGAUUAUGGCUGUCCAUAUGUUUUCAAUACAAACAUAGUCGACCCAGAGUAUUCUAUUUGAAUGUCUCGCAUACAGACGAUUGGUUGAGAUAAGAUUCAUAAUAUAUUUUGCAUUUGAACCAAGGACCUGGGUCUGCAUUAGGAAAUGUAACAAUGAAUUUUAUAUAAUCACACAGGUACAGUUAUAGCACAUCGGGUUAUACAUUUUAUGCAGUAUUACAAGAAAACUGAUUUUAUUGUAAUUGCUGCACAACGUUGCACAUUCUAGUAAUAACAGUGAAAAAAGCCAUAACUCUUCCAAUCUCCCGCUGAGAACAGAAUAAGAAGAAUUCUGGAUCAUGGCAAAACAAGGAGCCAGGGAAGGUUAUGUAUGUAUUUCACCAGUAUAUGAAAUGGAGAUUUCCCCUUUAGUUAGGGGUUGGUGGGUAAUGUUUGCCUGUUUCACCUUUGUUCCUGGCUCUGAUAGAUGAAAAGGGGUAUGUGCACUAAAAGCCAAUCUAGUUCUGUUUUCUAGUGCCCAUUUACAUAGUCGUCAGUCUGUGCUAAGAAGAACCCAGCUGCGAAACUCUGCCUUAGUGAGAGUAGAGAGGAGCAGUUUUAGGGAGCAGUUGCUCAAGUUUGGGAAGGGUGGCUGUGCAGGGCCAAAGUUGUUCUAGUUCUCCUUUAAAAAAUAAUAAAAAUAAUUUCAACAGGCCAAGCAUGUACUUGGAAAAGAGCAUGGGAAAGUAUAUCUGCACCAUUGGUACCAGAAAUUAAAUGCAGUGGGCUACACAAUGCAUUUUUCUCUAGGGGUCACAGGCAAGUAAGCAUACAAACCCCUUACUAGGCAGACCCCUUACAAAUGUGUUACCACCCCCGAAGCUUACCUAAUAAACUGAUGUUAACGGAUGACCUUCUAUUUAAGUGUGUGUAACUUUACCUUUGAGUCUAUUUUAUUUGAACUUCUUAUUUAUUUGUAUUUUGUGCUUCAAUAAAUAAUAAUUAUAUGUA